GUAUGUGAUGCAUUUUGGGAUAAAAAUGGCUGCGCCCAUGAAAAAGUUUUUGACAAGAAUUGUUUCUCAGUCUGGAGAUUCUCCGCUCGGCACAGUUAUAUUUUUACAUGGAUCAGGUGACAGUGGUUUAGGUGUUCAAGAAUGGGUAAAUAGUGCUCUUGGUGUCAAACAGUUGACAUUCCCACAUCUCAGACUCCUUUAUCCUACAGCACCAGCCAGGCCAUACACUCCAAUGAUGGGACAAUACUCUAAUGUAUGGUAUGACAGACAACAGAUUUCCCCCUUAGCUCCUGAUGAUGCAUCAGUAGAUGUAAUGGCUGCUGACCUUUCUGAACUCAUACAGUCUGAGGUACAACUAGGCAUACCAAUCAACAGGAUACUUAUAGGUAGUCCAGGUGGAUUUUCUAUGGGAGGAGGUAUGGCACUUCAGCUAGGUUAUAGAUAUUUGAGGGAAGUGGCUGGAGUGUUUGCUAUGUCAAGCUUCCUGGGAAAACAGUCUUUAGUUUAUCAGGCUUUACAGUCAGAUGCCAGACCAGUACCACCAUUGUUUCAGAGUCAUGGUGAAGAGGACAGUUUAGUCAUGUAUCCAUGGGGACAAGACACAUUUAAAAGACUGACAGAACUUGGUGUGAAGGGGCAGUUCCAUUCUGUUCCAGGUGUUUAUCAUGAUUUAGACAAACAAACUUUAUUGAAAUUAUGUGACUGGAUCAAUGUACAAGUUCCACAAAGUUGAUGGUUGCUUCAACACUUCCAUAUGUGCCACAUCAGUUUAUCAGCGCUUUUGAACGUUUAUUUUAUAGAUGAAAAGAGUGCUAUAAAAAUCUGGUAAAUAAUAAUAAUAAUAAUAAUAAUAAUAAUGUAAUAUGCCUGUUUGUGAAAUUCCAGUCUAUUAAUAUAUCCUUGGGUGCACCAGUUGUCCCUGGUCACAAAUUGAUAUAUGGACUUAUAUUGCAAGAUCUAUACAAGAUAAUAGUAAACAGAAUGGUAAUUGUAAUCAGCUAUCAUGUAUAACUGUUGAUCAGGUAAUGGGAUGUAAUUUGUAGUAUUGCUAAAUCUGUGAUAUAUGAUUGUUAUUCAAUUAAUUAUAGUGAUUGUAAUUAAUAUUAUGAUUAUUACAUAUAAUUACAUUAUGAUUACAUUUCCAUUGCUUCAUAACAAGUUGUCUUUAGAUUAUUGUCCAACAGAUAUAGAGGAAAAAAUAGAAAUUUUCUUAAUUUCUUAUUUAUGUUCCCAUUUGUUUCUGUGAUGACAGCUUGGGUAUGAAAAGAACCACUGUCUUACUUUUGCAUGAUCAUAUGAUUUGACUAAUAGGGUCUUAUGUCUUGGUUUUGCUGCAACUCUGUGAUUCCAGCAGGUAUCAAAGUUUCGAUUCCAUACUUUAUAUUAGCUUGACUAUUCAAAGAAUAGUCUAGCUAUUCUACUCACCCAGGUGUCUGCGUCGGCAUCGCACCUUGGUUAAGUUUUUGCAUGCAAGUACAUACAGCUAUCAUUUAAAGGCAUAUAGCUUUGAAACGUAUUUUUUCUUUUUCUAGAUCAAUUACCAACCUCACUGGGUCAAGUCCCAUAACUCUGACAUGUAUUUUGAGCAAAUCAUGCCCCCUUUUGGACUUAGUCUAGCUAUUCUACUCACCCUGGUGUCGGCGUCGGCAUCGCACCUUGGUUAAGUUUUUGCAUGCAAGUACAUACAGCUAUCAUUUAAAGGCAUAUAGCUUUGAAACGUAUUUUUUCUUUUUCUAGAUCAAUUACCAACCUCACUGGGUCAAGUCCCAUAACUCUGACAUGUAUUUUGAGCAAAUUAUGCCCCCUUUUGGACUUAGAAAAUUCUGGUUAAAGUUUUACAUGCAAGUUACUAUCUCCAAAACUAAUGCAGAUAUUGAAUUGAAACUUCACAUGUGUCUUCAGGGGUUAUAAAACUAGUUGAUAGCAGCAAGACCCAUAACUCUGAUAUGCAUUUUGGUCAAAGUAUGUGCCCUUUUGAACUUAAAACUCUUUUGAUAUUUAACCUUUUUGGGUAAUAUUUUCCUGCUUCUGGAACAAUAUUUCGAAUAGUUGAGCUUAGCUGUCUUACGGACAGCUCUUGUUUUUAUUUUGAUGUAAAUUAGGUUUGAAACCAAAACUCUUAGUCCUGUUUUGCACCGUGUUAUCUGUACUUUGUUGGUGCACUGUAAACCCCAAAUCAAAUCGGAUCUUACUAUAUGUUUUUUAUGCCCCCCCUCCCCUCCCUUGAACUAAGAAGCAUAUCUUGUUUGAAUUGUCAAUCCAUCUUCCGCCACAUUUUUUUUUUGUGCUCAACUCCUACAAUUUUCAUUCAGUUUAAAUGAAACUUGGUGUACUUUAUUAGCAUGAAGUGGACAUAUCACAUUAUCAAGACUUCCAUAUCUGAUUAUUAAUUUUUUGAAAGAUGCUGCUUGUCUGGACUUGGUCAUAUUAUAUCUACCUCAAUUCCUCAUACAGUUUCCAUCCAAUUCAAAUGAAACUUGGUAUAUUUCAUCAGCAUGAAGCGACCAGACACAUAUUUUUUGGACUUCCAUGUCAGAUGUAAUUUUUUGGGAGUUUGGCCAUUUUUUGACUUCAAAGCAUUUCCAGAAAGCAUGUGUCAUGCACUGUUGACAUCAUUCUUGUUUGUUUUCAAGAGGAGUAAUGACUUCAGAUGGCCAUGUUAAUGUCAAAUAUUCUAGUCAAAAUGUAUAUGACAGAACAUGGUCCAUAUACAUGUAUAAAGUACUUGUAUAGAUAUAGAUAUUUGUUGGUUUCAGUGUAAGGUCAAAAUAUCUUUCUCCUAGUGAACAGCAGAUGCACUUUUUCACUUGUUAUUCACAAGUGAAAAAUGUUUUAAUCUAAAUGUUUAUGUAUUUUAUAUGAAAAUAUAUAUCUCUGGGAACAUACCUGAUACUCACGCUGAAAAAAAAAAGUUAUUUAUUAAUUUAUUAACUAUUUAUGGUAUAAAUUCAAUCACUAUCAUACAAUUGUUUGUAUAAGUGUAAUUUACCUAUUUGUUAACUAAUAAAACGGAGCAGUUGCAAAAUGAA